UGCUUUGAUCUUGAUCGCUCAGGGAGAAAUACAGUUGCUACUUGUAUUGGUGUCCUGUGGUUGCUACUAUGUCUCAUCGUAAAUUCAGUGCCCCACGCCAUGGCUCGAUGGGAUUCUAUCCAAAGAAAAGGUCUAGGAGACAUCGUGGUAAAGUCAAGGCUUUCCCCAAAGACGAUCCCUCUAAACCUGUGCAUCUCACCGCUUUUAUGGGUUAUAAAUCUGGAAUGACCCACGUGGUGAGGGAAGCUGACCGUCCCGGUUCAAAAAUUAACAAGAAAGAGAUUGUUGAAGCCGUGACUAUAAUAGAAACUCCUCCUAUGAUGGUUGUGGGCGUUGUGGGUUAUAUUGAAACCCCUCAUGGCUUGCGAGCGUUGGCUACUGUUUGGGCAGAACAUCUAUCAGAGGACUGCCGCAGACGAUUUUACAAAAAUUGGUAUAAGAGCAAGAAGAAGGCUUUUACUAAAGCUUCCAAGAAGUGGUCAGAUGAUCUUGGAAAGAAAUCAAUUGAAAGGGAUUUGAAGAAAAUUAUCAAAUACUGUAAAGUAGUCAGGAUCAUUGCUCAUACACAGAUGAAGCUUCUGAAGCAACGUCAAAAAAAAGCUGACAUAAUGGAAAUCCAAUUGAAUGGUGGAUCCAUUGCAGAUAAAGUUGAGUGGGCUAAAAAACAUUUUGAGAAGCCUAUUCCCAUUUCUGAAGUAUUUGCUCAAGAUGAAAUGAUCGACUGUAUUGGAGUUACCAAGGGAAAAGGAUUCAAGGGUGUAACCUCAAGAUGGCAUACAAAGAAAUUACCUCGUAAAACACACAAGGGACUUCGUAAAGUAGCAUGUAUUGGAGCAUGGCAUCCUUCUAGGGUAUCAUUCACUGUUGCAAGGGCUGGUCAGAAAGGAUACCAUCAUCGUACAGAAAUAAAUAAGAAGAUUUAUAGGAUUGGUGCUGGUAUUCACACUAAAGAUGGCAAGGUCAUCAAAAACAAUGCCUCAACUCAGUAUGAUUUGACUGAAAAAACCAUCACACCAAUGGGUGGCUUUCCUCAUUAUGGUGAAGUCAAUAACGAUUUCAUUAUGAUUAAGGGUUGCUGCAUGGGUACCAAAAAGAGGGUUAUAACAUUGAGAAAAUCUUUGCUGGUCCAUACAAAGCGUGUUGCCCUGGAGAAGAUCAAUUUGAAAUUCAUUGAUACUUCUUCCAAAUUCGGUCAUGGUAGAUUCCAGACUGUUGCUGACAAGGCUGCCUUCAUGGGACCUCUCAAGAAAGAUAGAAUUAGAGAAGAAGAAAAGGCUGCUGCAGCAGCUGCUUCUAAGUCUUAGGCUGAUGAUUCCAAUUAUCUUUUACUGCAUUGUUCAAUUGAAAAUGUAUAUUUGGUCAUACAAGAUACCAGACUGCAGCUGAUGAAAUUUCUUCCAUGCCUCCUUUCAAAAAGGACAGAGAGAAGAGAGGGCCGCAAUUGCUAACCAGUAAAUCAUAAUUUUAUUAUGUGUAAAUAUUUUUUUCAUGUACAAAACUGUAAAUAUACAAAUAAACAAAUAUGUAUAGA